AUGCGUUCUUCUCGGUUUUUCUCGGCCCUUUCCAUUGGCAUUGCCUGUGCCUGGCUUGCACAGUCGGCGGCCAUUGCAAAGCCUGUGCCAGGCAGCACAGCACUGGAAGCACGCCAGGAAUCAGGAUAUCGUUCCGUGGUGUACUUCGUGAACUGGGCAAUCUAUGGCCGUGGCCACAACCCUCAGGACCUCAUAACUGACAGGCUGACCCAUGUGCUGUACGCGUUUGCCAACGUGCGGCCGGAGUCCGGUGAAGUAUACCUGUCCGACACCUACGCCGAUCUAGAGAAGCACUAUCCCGGCGACUCCUGGUCCGAACCCGGCAACAAUGCGUACGGGUGUGUCAAGCAACUGUAUCUUCUGAAGAAGAAGAACCGCAACCUGAAGGUGCUGCUGUCCAUUGGCGGAUGGACGUAUUCCAAGAACUUCGCCCAACCUGCAAGCAGCGACGCCGGCCGCAAGAAGUUCGCUGAGACGUCGGUGAAGUUGCUGAGUGACUUGGGACUAGAUGGACUAGACGUCGAUUGGGAGUACCCCACGAAUGACGAGGAGGCCAAAAAUUUCGUGCUAUUGCUGAAAGAAGUGCGCUCGGCCCUUGACGAAUAUAGCAACAAGAAUGCCAAAGGUCAGAAGUUCUUGCUCACGGUGGCAUCUCCGGCGGGUCCGCAGAAUUAUGGCAAGCUGCAUUUCAAGGAAAUGAACGAGCAACUGGAUUUCUGGAACCUGAUGGCCUACGAUUACACCGGUAGCUUUGGUAACUUCACCGGCCACCAGUCGAACGUGUACAACGACACCUCCAACCCAAACAGCACGCCAUUCAAUACGAAACAGGCCGUCGAAGCCUACAUUGCUGGAGGCGUUCCCGCCAACCAGAUCGUCCUCGGCAUGCCCAUCUAUGGCCGGGCGUUCACCGGGACCGAAGGACUAGGCAAGAAGUUUGACGGGGUUGGCAAAGGGAGCUGGGAGGACGGUAUCUGGGACUACAAGGCGCUGCCACAACCCGGUGCGGAGGUGCACGAGGACAAAGACCUGAUCGCUGGCUGGAGUUAUGACUCAUCCGCGAAGACGUUGGUUAGCUACGACACCCCCCAGGUGGCCCAGUGGAAGACGGACUACAUCAAGUCGAAGGGGUUGGGGGGUGGCAUGUGGUGGGAGAGCAGCGCCGACAAGUCGGGCAGCGAUAGUCUGAUUGGCACGGUAGUAAAUGCACUCGGAGGCAACGGCGCCCUCCAAAAGAGCGAGAAUGAGUUGGACUAUCCUGUCUCCCAGUAUGAUAACAUCAAGAACGGCAUGGGGUCGAAUUAG